GCAAAGAGGAGAUGACGUUUCCAAAAACGAUGUCGUUUCGCGAGAAGAAUCCGAGGAGUCCCAAAUCGGCACUUCGAAGGAGACGCUCGAGCUGGACCAGCUCAUGGCUGAACCACCCGACGACGUCCUUCAAGCAAGUCGUCUCGGCCGUGAUUCACUCACAAUCGCCGAGAUCCAUCUCAAAGCCCCAAACCCCCACCGACUCCGAUCGAACCCUCUCCUUACCCGAUACCCUCCUCCUCAAAAUCCUCCACAAGCUUCCCGAAUCCCACAACAACAACGACCUCUCCCUCGUCUGCAAACGCUGGCUGAGUCUCCAGGGACGGCGGAUACGGACUCUCAAAGUUCUCGAUUUGGACUUCCUCUUGUCAGGGAAGCUCCUCUCGAGGUUCCCCGAGCUCACCAACGUCGACUUGUCCAACGCAUGUAUCUACCCGCCGCGAAACUCAGCUAUCUUGCUUUCCCACAAAUCCAUUUCAUUUCCUAUAUCUUCAGAUUCGUCGAAUGGGAACUUCGUCGACGAGAAUCUGCUCCACAGUGAUAUGGUUGAUAGAGGGCUUAGGGUGUUAGGAAGAGGGAGCUGCGACUUACGCAAACUCGUAGUGAUUAACGCUACUGAGAUGGGAUUACUAGGUUUGGCUGAGCAGUGUUCUGAUCUGCAAGAGCUUGAAUUGCACAAGUGUAAUGAUAAUCUCCUGCGUGGCAUCGCUGCUUGUGAGAAUCUCAGAGCCUUGAGGUUGGUGGCAAGUGUAGAUGGGCUGUAUACUUGUUCUGUUUCUGAUAUAGGUUUAACGAUUUUGGCUCAAGGCUGUAAGAGGCUAGUGAGGCUUGAGCUUUGUGGCUGUGAAGGUAGCUUUGAUGGGAUUAGAGCUAUUGGGCAAUGUUGUGAGUUGCUUGAACAACUUACGGUUUGUGACCAUAGGAUGGAGGGUGGUUGGAUAGGUGCGCUUUCUUGCUUUGAGAGUUUGAAGACGCUGAGAAUAUGGUCUUGCGGAAAGAUGGAUGGUAGUCCUGGACCGGAGGAGUUGCUGGGGUCUUGCCCUGCUCUGGAGAGUUUGCAACUCAAGAGGUGUUGUUUGAAUGAUAAAGACGGGGUGAGAGCCUUGUUUAAGGUGUGUGAUGGAGCAACCACGGUUCUUAUUCGGGAUUGCUGGGGAUUGGAUGAUGAUUCUUUUAGCUUGGCUAAAGCUUUCAGGAGGGUUAGGUUUUUUUCUUUGGAAGGAUGCUCAGUCCUAACAACAGGCGGUUUGGAGUCAGUGGUUCUGCGCUGGGAAGAGCUGGAGAGCAUGAGAGUAGUGUCCUGUAAGAGCAUAAUAGACACCGAGAUUUCACCGGCACUCUCAUCUUUGUUCUCCCUUCUCAAAGAACUGACUUGGAGACCAGACACAAGGUCUCAUCUCUCAUCCAGACUCCAAGCUGCUGGGAUUGGAAAGAGAGGUAGCAAAUUCUUCAAGAAGAGAUGA